AUGAGCGACUUCUACAUUGUUAUCUAUACUAGCACAACUUGUGACAACUCGAACACAUAUGUAACAAAGGACUCAACCGAGCUAAUUUCUUUGGCUUGGGCGGUAAUAGAUGUGACAACCUUGGAGAUAAUACAUGAGGAAACCAUCUUGGUUCGUCCUAUGAAUACACCAAUUACGCCCUUUUGUCAACAAAAGUAUAAGCUAACAUGGGAGCAUGUUCGUAAUGCCGGAUCAUUCAAAGAUGCUAUAAACAAGUUAGACCAGUAUGUUCAGGAAAACAUUGUCUCACAGGACAAAGAGUUUCUGUUUGUUACGUUUGAGAUGCCAAACUUGAGAGCUCAGCUUCCAAGAGAAGCACGCGACAAAGGUGUUGUGUUGCCGCCGUACUUGCAGCAUCCACGAUUGUUUGACUUGCCAACAGAGUACUCGAAAUGGCUUACCAGUCACCCUGAAGCUUUAUCGUAUACGGCGUCAUCACUUUCAAACAUGAUGACAGCUUUGGAAGUGGGGGGAGAGGACUCUAUAGAAGGAGAGGCACUGUUGAAAGUUUACACUAAAAUCACCAUUCAGUUGAUGAAAAAAUCCCUCCCGUUGGAAGACCACCCUACUGUUUUCACCAAGCCUUAUGAUAUUGCCGAGGAUGUCAAAGCAUUUGUUUCUGAAGGAUCAAAAGUGCUUUACCUUUCCAAUUUGCCGAGUGAUACCACUCAAUCGGAGUUGGAGUACUGGUUCACCCAGUAUGGAGGGCGACCAGUAGCCUAUUGGACGUUAAAAAGCACCGAGGAGAGGACAAUUAACAAAGGUAGCACGGGGUUUGCCGUUUUCGGUACCCACGAAGAGGCAACUGAGUCACUAGCGAUGAAUGGAAAGGCGCUAGGUGAUCGCGUGAUUGAGGUACAGCCCUCAUCGACAAAGGUGCUUGAUAAGGCUAGUGACUUGCUAACUCCUUUCCCUCCUUCCAAGAAUAGACCCAGACCUGGUGACUGGACGUGUCCGUCAUGCGGGUUUUCCAAUUUCCAACGAAGAACACAUUGUUUUAGGUGCUCUUUUCCUGCAACCAGUGCAGUAGCGAUACAGGAGUCAAUAUACUCAGGUAAUCAACGCAAGAAUGAAGAUCAAAAGGUUGAACAACCACAGACGGCGAAUGGAGAUGGAAACAAUAGUAAUGGCAGGCACAGUGUGCCAUUCAGAGCCGGAGACUGGAAAUGUGACAUGUGCCAAUACCACAAUUUUGCCAAAAACAUGUGCUGUUUAAAGUGCUCAUCCGCGAAACCAAUUUACAACACACAUGGCAAUGCCAUUCAUAAUGUCAACUCUACUGCUGCGGCAAUUGCUGCUGCCACUGCCAGUGGACAACCUUUAAAUUUGAAUAACAAUUUUGUGAACUUGCAUCAGUUUCGUCAACCAGCACGAAACAGCCCUAAUCUUGCAGGGGCCCAUCAUCCACCACUGAGAGACGAUACUGCUUUGAGUGAGAAGAUGCAUUCGCUAGAUUUAUAUUAA